AUGGCAGGCAGCAGUGAUCAGGUUGAUGUCUCCAUGGGUGGAGGGCUCGAGUGCUCGCAACAAGUUUUACCUAUCUCCACUGAUAUCCUGAGUUCUUACCUGCCUACCACUCCAUCUAUUGCCCCUCUCCUUGAAAUGACUGUUGCCUUUGAUCAGAUUGAAGGUCCUGUGCAAGGAGCUGUUGAUUCCUUGCAACACCCUUCUCCUAUCUCAACAGAUUUGCCAGGUUCUGACCUGCCUAUCUCUCUAUCUAUUCCUUCUGCUUUGAAUGCAGAACUGAUGCCUGCUAGUCAGUACUCUUAUGAAUAUAGUUCAGGCUUGCUCAAAUUAGACAGACCAUGCAGAGUUCUCAACAAACUUUCAAGCUGA